AUGAUCCAUCCAACGUUCGGAAAACCCAGAGGUGAUCUUCCAACGUUCGCCAAACCCAACGGUAACCCAGCAACAUGUGUGAAACCCAGAGGAGACCCUCCAAAGUUUGACCCUCCAACGUGUGGCAAACACAAAGGUGACCCUCCAACGUGUAGAAAACCUAAGGAUGAACUUCCAACGACUGGCAAACUCAGAAAUGAACUUCCAAUGUGCAGCAAAACAAUAGGAGAUUCUCCAGGGUGCGUCAAACCCAAAUGUGAUCCUUCAACAUGCGGGAAACCCAGAGAGGUGACCCUCAAACGUGUGCCAAACUCGGAGGUGAUCCUCCAAAAUGCGGCAAACCCAGGGGCGACCCUCCAACGUGCUGUAAACUCAGAGGAGACCCUCCAACGUGCAGCAAACCCAGAGGUGACCAUCCAAUAUGAGCCAAAUCCAGAGGUGACCCUUCAACGUGCGGUAACCCUCGAACGUGCUGUAAACCCAGAGGUGGCCCUCCAACAAGAGGUAAAUUCAAAGGUGACCCUUAAACGUGCUGCAAACCCAGACGUGAUUCUCCCACGUGCAGUAAACUCAGAGGUGACUCUCCAACGUUCGCCAAACUCGGAGGUGACCCUCCAACGUGCGCAAAACCCAGGUUUUUACACUCCAAUGUGCGGCAAACACAAAGGUGACCCUCCAACAUGUAGAAAACCCAAUGAUGAACCUCCAACGAGUGACAAACCCAGAGGAGAACUUCUAAUGUGCAGCAAACCCAUAGAUGAUUCUCCAGCGAGCGUCAAAGCCAAAUGUGAUCCUUCAACAUGCGGGAAACCCAGAGGUGACCCUCCAACAGGAGAUCCUCCAACGUGCAGCAAGCCCAGAGGUAACCCUCCAACGUACGGCAAGACCAGAGGUGACCCUCCAACGUACGGCAAGACCAGAGGUGACCCUCCAACGUACGGCAAGACCAGAGGUGACCCUCCAACGUACGGCAAGACCAGAGGUGACCCACCAACGUACGGCAAGACCAGAGGUGACCCACCAACGUACGGCAAGACCAGAGGUGACCCACCAACGUACGGCAAGACCAGAGGUGACCCUCCAACGUACGGCAAGACCAGAGGUGACCCUCCAACGUUCGACAAAACCAGAGGUGACCCGCCAAUGUGCGGCAAAUACAAAGGUGGCCCUCCAACGUGUGCCAAACCCCCGAGGUGA